UCGGAGAAUGAUGUACUUCUCUCUACUGCUCAACUUAGAACAUUGGCUCUUUUUUUCCGGAAAGCCGAAAGAAAUGUCCAGUUGGACCCGUUCCCGAAGCAGGAGGCCAGGAAGGAAGCAGCUUCCAGCUUGAGUUGAGGUUGAGGAUUCAUGCCAUUCCGGUCCGACUGGAUAGACCGGAAGGGUACAAGGUUGGUUGAGGUCCUGACCGGUGUAUCACAACCGUCUGAUCUCUGACAAACGCACACGUGAUGUGUGAGACUGAGAACAUCUCAGAAGGCCAGAACGGCAAAAUCAACCAAUAAAACCCCCCUUAAAAAAUUUUUCCUAUUUCUAAUUCCAUUCUUCCUCAGACUUCGGUCUUCCCGUCUUUCCAAUUCCAGCACCCACAACCACACUCCACCACCACUUGAAAAGCAGAGCUCUCUCUCUCUUCGGUUUUCUUUUUUGGUCACUCUCUCGUUGUUGGGUAUCUCUCUCCGAUUCCUCAGUGGUUUGUCUGGUUUGUGCAAGACUGAGGUUUUGCAUCUUAAGAAUCUGUAUAUGGCUCGCCUGCUGCUUCUUUUGCUUUUGGCUGUCUCUCUUGUUACUGCUGAAGAUGCUUUUAUUGGUGUCAACAUUGGCACAGCCCUUUCUGAUAUGCCAGACCCAACUCAGGUGGUGGCCCUGCUAAGAGCCCAGCAGAUUCGGCAUGUAAGGCUGUAUGAUGCUGACCGUGCGAUGCUCCUCGCACUUGCCAAUACUGGCAUCCGUGUCACUGUCUCUGUCCCAAAUGAUCAACUACUUGGUGUAGGUCAGUCUAAUGCCACCGCAGCCAACUGGGUUGCUCGCAAUGUUGUUGCACAUGUCCCUGCCACUAACAUCACAGCCAUUGCGGUUGGAUCUGAGGUCCUCACAACUCUUCCAAAUGCAGCCCCUGUUCUUGUCUCUGCCCUGAAGUUCAUCCAUUCUGCCCUAGUUGCCUCAAACCUUGAUAACCAGAUCAAAGUCUCUACACCACAUUCAUCUUCCAUCAUCCUUGACUCAUUCCCUCCUUCCCAGGCCUUCUUCAAUCAUUCAUGGAACCCAGUCAUGGUCCCCUUGCUCAAGUUCUUACAGUCCACAGGAUCAUACCUCAUGCUUAAUGUCUAUCCUUAUUAUGACUACAUGCAAUCAAAUGGAGUUAUCCCAUUGGAUUAUGCACUCUUCCGCCCCCUCCCACCAAAUAAAGAAGCAGUUGAUGCAAACACAUUGCUCCACUAUACCAAUGUUUUUGAUGCCAUAGUGGAUGCAGCCUACUUUUCCAUGGCUGAUCUUAACAUCACAAAUGUUCCCAUUGUAGUAACUGAGUCAGGGUGGCCUUCCAAGGGUGACAACAAUGAACCAGAUGCCACCCUUGACAAUGCCAACUCAUACAACAGCAAUCUGAUCAGGCAUGUGCUCAACAACACUGGGACACCCAAGCACUCUGGAGUUCCAGUUAGUACCUACAUUUAUGAGCUCUACAAUGAGGAUCUGAGUCCUGGACCACUCUCAGAGAAGAACUGGGGACUGUUUGACGCCAAUGGCAUACCAGUUUAUAUCCUGCACCUAACAGGCUCCGGAAUGGUGUUGGCAAAUGACACAACAAACCAGACAUAUUGUAUUGCAAGGGAUAGUGCUGAUCCAAAGAUGGUUCAGGCUGCACUGGAUUGGGCCUGUGGUCCUGGAAAGGUGGAUUGCUCUCCUUUAUUGCAGGGGCAGCCGUGCUAUGAACCUGACACAGUUAAUGCUCAUGCAACCUAUGCUUUUAAUGCAUAUUAUCACCAGAUGGAGAUGGCUUCUGGGACUUGUUACUUCAAUGGUGUGGCUACAAUCACCACCACAGACCCAAGUCAUGGUUCCUGUAUUUUUCUGGGAAGUGGUGGCAAGAAUGGUACUAUUAAUGGCACGUUACUCGCCCCAUCUUCAAAUUCGACAGCCUCUGGAUCACCCUCACGGAUUCUCUAUGGCAGCUUUACUACAAGCAUUCUGCUCUCUGUGGUUCUACUUUGGAGCGUGCUUCUCUUGUAGGGCAGUACAUGGCUUUUCUUCUUCAAUAUAUGGUGUAUACUCUCUCGACCUCAACAUCCUUCUGUAACUUUUGGGACGGUUCCUUGCUGGUGGGAACCCUGCAGAAUACCCGAUUUUGGCUCCUCAGAAAGGAGAGAAAGGGAGCAGUGAGGCAGUUCAAAUUCAAUAGGCUUUCACCAAACUGAAAAGGCUUGUUUGGUUUAUCCAACCUCCACUUCACUAGGCUUUCACUCAUUACAUUCAUUGAAUUGAAUUUUGAUGAUUCAUUGCUCCAUUCCAUUCCCCAACCUUGGUAACUUCUGGAUAUGUAUGGAUACUGAUGAUACAUAUACACAUACGUUAAAGCAGUGCAAAUUUUAACUGGAUAUAAAUUUUGCACCUGAUUCAGUUUUGCAUCCA